CUCGCCUUCGCCUUGCCACGACUUCUCCUCGUUCCCACAGGCCUAUCGUUCUCAAUUCCCACCCCCUUCGCAUAGACACUCAUUAAAUCAGUCACCAUGGCUGAAGGCAAGAAGACCGACGACUACACGAUCCAGAUGGAUUCGAUAGACCAGGGCAACAAGAGCUUCGAGGCGCCGCCGCCGCCUCAGCCCAGGAGUCCGCCGUCGGGCUCGCUGUCCAACAACCCCAUCUUGCCCGUGUUGGCCUACUGUGGAUCCUCGAUCUUGAUGACCGUCAUGAACAAAUAUGUCUUGUCCGGCACUGAUUUCAACCUCAACUUCUUCCUCCUCUGCAUCCAGUCUCUCGUUUGUAUCAUUGCAAUCCAGACCUGUAAAUCAUGCGGUUUGAUCACUUAUCGCGACUUCAGCGCGGACGAGGCCAGAAAGUGGUUCCCCAUCACUCUGCUCUUGAUCGGCAUGAUCUACACGGGCUCUAAGGCGCUUCAGUUCCUCUCGAUUCCCGUUUACACCAUCUUCAAGAACUUGACCAUCAUCCUUAUCGCCUACGGAGAGGUGCUGUGGUUCGGUGGCUCUGUCACCGGUCUUACCCUGUUCUCUUUCGGACUGAUGGUUCUGAGCUCUAUCAUUGCCGCCUGGGCUGACAUCAAGCACGCUGUGGAGAGCAAUGGCGAUGCGACCGCCAAGAUGUCUACUUUGAAUGCAGGUUACAUCUGGAUGCUGGUCAACUGCCUCUGCACAUCGUCCUAUGUUCUGGGCAUGCGCAAGCGGAUCAAGCUGACCAACUUCAAGGACUUUGACACCAUGUUCUACAACAACCUUCUGUCGAUCCCCGUCUUGAUCGUUCUGUCCGCUUUCUUAGAAGACUGGUCAUCCACCAACGUCAACCGCAAUUUCCCUCCUGUGGACCGCAACAGCAUCGUUUUCGCCAUGAUCCUCUCCGGCCUGUCGACUGUGUUCAUUUCCUAUACCUCCGCCUGGUGUGUUCGCGUCACUUCGUCGACCACUUACUCCAUGGUUGGAGCUCUGAACAAGCUUCCCAUUGCUAUCUCUGGACUCAUCUUCUUCGAUGCUCCUGUUACCUUCCCCAGUGUUUCGGCUAUCGUCGUUGGCUUUGUUAGCGGUAUCGUUUACGCCGUUGCUAAGAUCAAGCAAAACGCUAAGCCAAGGACUGGUGUCUUGCCAACCGCCAACCCCCCGGUCAGCGCCAGCAGCCAGAGUAUGAGGGACUCCCUACGUUCCUAGUCGGGUUGCCAGUCAUCAACUGGAUGGUCAACUCGUUGUGGGCAACUGCUCCGGCUUGACCAUCGUCAAGGUUGCUCCGUACCGAGUGCAAGACUGAACGUGCUCGUUACUCGCAUGUGAUAUGUGAUUCUUCGUUUCGUUGUAUUUGGCGAG